AUGCCGUUUCGGAGAGUGCUCAUCGCAAACCGAGGGGAAAUUGUGCGACGAGCAGCCAAAACGCUUCGGAAGCUCAAUAUCGAGCCUGUUGUUGUUUAUACCAAAGCGGAUGAAACAGGAACACACGUUCGAGAAGCAGUCCGAAAGCAGCGAAUCGAGUCCUACGUCUCCAUAAGCGAGGUCGUUGCUGCAGCUCGCAGGGCACGCGCAGACGCGGUCUUUCCGGGUUAUGGCUUCCUCGCAGAGAGAGCCGACUGUGCAGAUGCCGUUCAGCAGGCAGGCAUGACGUUUAUAGGACCGUCUGCACGUGCCAUUGCUCGACUGAGCGAUAAAAUUGAAGCGAAAAAGUUCGUGAAAGCGCUCGGCAUCCCUGUCGUGCCGGGUUACGUGGAUCCACUUGAGCAUGUUGACCACGCAGGCUAUAUUGCCAGAGAGCUGGGCUUCCCGGUUGUUCUCAAGGCUGCAUCCGGAGGCGGCGGUCGAGGGCUCCGCGUCAUCCACCACGAACAGGAGCUGCGUACCCAGUUUGAGGUCUGUGCUGCCGAGGCGAAACAGGCGUUCGGCGACUCCCGGCUGCUCCUCGAGAAAUACCUCGAGCCAGUACGUCACAUUGAGGUGCAGAUACUCGGUGAUCGCCACGGGAAUCUGGUUGUCUUUCCAGAGCGCGAAUGCAGCAUCCAGCGCCAUAACCAGAAGCUACUGGAAGAAUCGCCGAGUCCGCUCGUCGAUAAGCGCCUGCGCUGGCGACUCUUCCACGAUGCCUCCAGAAUUGCGCGUGCUAUCGAGUACGAUUCGGUGGGGACAGUGGAAUUCCUCGUGCAUGCGCACACGAAAGAGCAUUUUUUUCUGGAAAUGAACGCGCGACUCCAGGUUGAACACGCUGUGAGUGAGGCGGUCACCGGUGUAGACCUCAUCGAACACAUGAUUCGGGCGGCAUCGAACCAGGUUGUCGAUCUAGAUGAACCCGAGAACAUCACCAGACUCGAGUUGGAUCACGAUCCACCGUUUGAAACGUGCCGAAUGCUGCGCUCGCGAGGCUGGGCCCUGGAGGCGCGUAUCUGCGCAGAGGGCUGGUCUGCGGGCUCACUGGUACCCAGUACAGGUCGCCUGCACAAGUUUCGCCUUCCCGUAUCGCAACCUGGGGUGCGCGUCGACAGCGGCUACGAUGAGGGCGAUUCGGUUUCGCCACUCUUCGACUCGCUGCUGACCAAGGUGAUCGCUCACGGAGAAACGAGAACCGCGGCACGUCGAAGACUGGCUCUGGCGCUCGACGCGUUGCUCAUUGAUGGCGUCGAGCACACAACAGGUCUGUUGCGGGAUAUUGUCGCCAAGGAUGCAGAUUUUGCGAACGGGAUAUACACUACCCGUUUUCUGAAAGAUUACGCUCUGCAUUUCAACGAGUCCGAUGCGCGCAGAGCGCUCCAGCUCAUGGCAAAUCGAAUGAAGGUCGAUCCUGGGACCAAGAAACCGAUUGCAGCGCUUACCGUCGAAUAUGGACUAGUGCGCUUUGACCGGGAGCAUGACACGGUGGCAGGUUCGGUUGCGAGUUCUGGAGCCACAGCGCCGCUGCCUCUGCAGGACAGCGACGGACUUGACGCCCUGUCGGACACGCCCGAGUCGCCGUUGUUCGUGAUGGCACCACGCAGAGCUCCUCGGCUGCUGUUUCGCGGUAUGCCUAUCACUGUGCAGCGCCUUUUCGAUGAAGACGAGCUGAUGCUUUGGGAGCGCAUCCGAAAGCCAGUAUCAGCAGCGCCAGUCGAGGCGAAUGCUUGGCGAGCCCUGCAUGCGCCCAUGCCCGGUAUACUCGUUGCAGUCCUAGUUUCCGUGGGUGACGAGGUUCAGCCAAAGCAGCCGGUGGCGAUACUGGAAUCCAUGAAAAUGCGGAACAUGCUCCACGCUCCAUCCUUGCCUCCAGGUGCGCAAACACUUGUCGUUGGUUCGAUUCGCGCCGCUGUAGGCACCGUGCUGCGCAAGGGUGACCUCAUCCUCGAGUUUUCCUUACCGACUUUUACGACUUAG